UGAUUAUUUUGAUAAGCUCGCGCACCUCUGCUGUUACUAGUGAGAUUCCAGCAGCGCCACGUGAUCAGUCAGGAAAGGAAGAAUGAAGAGAGAAAAACUGUCUGCUGGCGUCUGACAACACAGUUAAAAAUGCAGUGCUGGAAUGGGAUGGGGAUACUUCACAUGUUCUGGUGUUUUGAUUGAAGGCAGGAAGCAGGCCUCUUGUGAAGGGUUGACAGACGAACUUUAAACGACAAGUCUUCUCACCGUCAUGAAGUUAAACGAGAGAAGUGUGGUGCAUUACGCCACAUGCAGCUCUCCUCCAGACAAGACGGGCUUCCUCUUUAAGAAAGGGGAACGGAACACGGCAUACCACCGUCGCUGGUUCAUUCUGAAGGGCAACAUGCUCUUCUACUUCGAGGAGAAGGAAAGUCGAGAGCCGAUUGGUGUCAUCGUCCUCGAGGGGUGUACGGUGGAACUCUGCGAGUCUGAAUCUGAAGAGUUUGCCUUCGCAAUUAAAUUUGACUGCACCAAAGCAAGGGUAUACAAGAUGGCCGCAGAGAGCCAGGCUGCUAUGGAGUCUUGGGUCAAAGCUCUGUCACGAGCGAGUUUCGAUUACAUGCGGCUGGUUGUGAAGGAGUUGGAGAGGCAGCUAGAGGAGGUACAAGAAGCAAGAUCUUCACAGGGGAAAAACAGGGCGAAGAAACACCAGCCACAAGUGCUGGGAGGAGCAACGACAGGCUUCCGAAUUGCUGCUCCAUCCAUUCAGAACACUGCCAUAACAGGUCCUUCUCAACUUCGUGGACAAAUGGAAGAGGGGUUGUCUGCUUUAGGGAGUUUUAGUAGGGAGAACGGGGUGUCUUGGAGCAAGCCCACCAGUAUGGCUAAUGGUGUCAGCGAGGGUUGCGUCUGGGAUGGGGACUGCAGUGGGAGAGGUGAUGGAGUCAGACCACCUCCGGUUCCUCCGCGUAGGAAGACCAACGGCGGGUCACUGGAGAGCCCAGUUUCACCUGGCACAGAGUGUUUCUCCAAACUACAUGACUGGUAUGGCAAAGAGGUGGCUGAACUUCGAAUAGAGUGGCUUCAGAGCCAAUGAUGCACCCAAGCCUGGAAAGUGGAGGGCAACAUCUGCAAGAGACCUGACCCAAAAUAUCAAACCCCAUACAUAAUGGUGGGUUUACAGUGUUUGCAAUCGCAGAGCUCAAGAGCUCUCUCAUUUCCUACUUUCGACUGAGAUUAGUGCAUUUUGUUUUGAGAGUAGAAAAGCACAGAUAGUAGGCCAAAUUAAUCUAAAAACUGAGGAAUAUAGAUGCAUCAGAAUGUUAAUCACUUGUUCCCAAUUAUAGGUGGACAGCUUGUUUUUGGAUAUUUUAAACAAGACCAAGCAAUUUUUUUAAAGGAAUGUUUUUUUCACAAAUUAAAAAUCUCCCAGUUACUUACCCUCAUGAUGUUCCAAACCCAUAUAACUUACUUUCUUCUGUGGAACACACACACACAAAAAAAAAAGAUUAAAAAAAAAGAAAUCCAAAAUGUUUUAUUUUCAUACAAUGAAAGUGAAUGGGGACUGGAGCUGUCCAGCUUAAAAAUGACACACAAAAAGAGCACUAUAAAAGUUGCCCUAUAUUCCAAGUCAUAUUAUGGCUUUGUGUGAGGAAAAGACUUCACUGAAAAUGCUCUUUUAUUUUAUAUGGCUUUAGAAGACUUGGAAAUAUAGCAGACAAGUUGCAUGGACUGUGGUGUUUUUUGUUUGCUCAAUAGACCCAUUCCCUGUUAUAAAAAAAGAGCACACUGGACAUUUUACAAUAUUUCCGUGUUCCAUAAAAGAAGGAAAGUCCAUAUGGGUUUGGAAAAACAUGAGAGUGCGUAAAGGAAGACAGAAUUAUUCCUGUAAAGCCUUGCACUUAACUUUAUCUUGGGAUUUUCCUAACCUCAUGUUGAAGUGUCAUUAUGUUACUUGUCAUAUCCUUUUCAAUUUUUUUUUUUAUUUAAUUUUAUUUUCCACUACAACAUUGGGAAUUUCUUUUUCGUUCUUGAUAAAAAGAAAAUCAGUACAACAUCCAUGUUUUCGGUAUCAAAAACACCAUGAAUGUUACAUUAAAGGAAUAUUCCGGGUUAAAUACAAGUUAAGCUCGAUCAACAGCAUUUGUGGCACCAAAACAUUUCGACUCGUCCCUCCUUUAAAAAAAGCAAAAACCUUGGUUACAAUUAGGCUAUAAUAUAGCCACAAGAGGUAAACAAUAUGCGUGUUAACUAGGGUUCGGUAAAAAUAUACAUCUCUUGAUGCAUCCCGAUCUUCAUUUGAAUGAUCUCGAUAUCGAUUCUUAAAAACCAAGAUCGAUCUUUUACUCUAGGCACAACCCUCCACUACAGUGAGAGGAAAUCACUCGCAUUUGCAACACAAUUUUGCACUAUACAACUAAUAUAUAUAUAUAUAUAUAUAUAUAUAUAUAUAUAUAUAUAUAUAUAUAUUAGUACUGUGCAAAAGUUUUAGGCACUUGUGAAAAAAUUUGCAUAGUGAGAAUGUCUUCAAAAACAGUGCCAUAAAUAGUUUUCAUUUUUCAAUUAACAUCAUACAAAGUCCAGUAAACAUAAAAAAAAGUUAAAUCAAUAAUUGGUGUGAUCACCUUUGCCUUUAAAACAGCACCAAUUCUCCUAGUUACACCUGGACACAGUUUUUCUUGGUUGUUGGCAGAUAGGAUGUUCCAAGCUUCUUGGAGAAUUCGCCACAGUUCUUCUAUCUAUUUCGGCUGUCUCAGUUGCUUCUCUCUUCAUGUAAUCCCAGAUUGACACGAUGUUCAGUGGGGGCAAUGCCAUUUGUUGCAGGGCUCCCUGUUCUUCUAUUCUAUUCAGUUAGCAAAAGGAAUGGUUGGGAGUCUAAAAUGUAUAUUUCCAAUUGACACACAAAAAUUGAAGAAAUAAAUAACCAUCAUAAGACAAAUGUUUUUGUAAAACAUCUUAUGUGCUUAAGACUUUUGCACAGUACUGUAUAUAUGUAUGUAUAUAUUUGGCAACUGGCUGGUAAAUGUUUACAUUUCACUCACUAGUAAUUGUGUAGCAUAGUGGUGGAGUAUUCAGCAGCAAGAUCCUUUCACUACGUGUUGAGAGUAAAAGUUGUUCUGUGUGUGUACAAAGACGAGAUCCACGCAACCCAUUUGUCAUUGAAUGUCUCUUUUAAUACCAGUCAGUUGUUGAUCAAAAACAACAAAAAAUAAACAUUUUAUUUUAAUCAGGCAUAGCACAGAUGAGACUUAACCAUUCGAGUCAUCUCUCACUUACAGAAAUAACGGGUUUCCUUAGAGACUGUAAAAGUACCGUUUUUUAGUGUUUAACAAAUCAAUGUAAAUAGUACAAAUUAAGCAACUAAACAUACAUGUAAUAAUCAAAUAUAUGCAAUAUAAUUUCAUAUUUGUUUAUUAAAUACAUUGAUUUAUUUAUUUUUAGAAAGCUAAAAUGUGACCAAAAUGAUGAAAAACUAAUCAAAUAUAAUUAGUACAAUUCAUAUUUUCAUAUUGUAAGGGUUAAAAAGUCUCCUUUAUAAUUAACAGCAUUAGCUGGGAGAGAAUUUCUUUCAUACAUAAGCAAAAGGAACAAUCAAACUGAAAAAUACCCAUAUGACUCGAUAUCAAAUCGGAAUCGAAUCCAGAGCUUGUGAAUCGGAAUCUAAUCAAAUCGGGAAAUUUGUAUCAAAACACAGCCCUAAUGUUAACCAAGGUCAGAAAUUAAGGGGGGCUUCAGAAUUCUUCUGUUGUUUUUUAAUUUGUAAUAAUAAAAACUAUUUAUAUAGUUCUUAUGUAUAACUAGGACAAAAAUACAGUAAUAUGUCAUAAAAAUGUUGAUUUCAUUCUUUGGGUAAGUGGUAAUAAAUUCUCAAUCUUCACAAUUUGUAUUAAUGAAUUGAUUAAAUUAAAGUAUUUGACAUAAAUGGAUGAGACACAGUUUAUGUUUUAAAUGGUGAUGAAAAAAUAUGCCCUCAUAAAGGUAAAUAAAUGCCUCUUAAUGUAAGUUAAUUUCUGACGCUGGUGUUAACAAUAUUGUAGUGUGAUAUAAUCGCUUGCUAACCUUUUCUGUGUAAAGGUUCAGUAUAUCUGUGUGAAGUUAUAUUCUGUUUAAAGUUAUAUCUAUACCUUUUCUGUAUAGUUAAGUUAUAAAAUUAUAAUUUUACAACUUGUAUGAUGACGUAACGGCAUAAACCCUGUCUGCCGCAAAAAUGACAAUUUAAACAACUUUACAGCUCACAUAAUGCACAAGUUUUAACAUAAUUAAAGUGCUUUUAUUAAAUUUUAUACGUCACCUUUCUGCCUUUAACCCUCCAAAAAUGGGCCCCACUCACUGUAACCUUGAUUUGUGCUUCUUUUUUUUAUUUUAUAAAGAAAAGGACAAACGAGUCGAAAGUAUUUUUUUAUGGUAAUCAACAUUGUCACAAAUGCUGUCGAUUGAGCUUAAAUUGAACCCGGAAUAUUCCUUUAAGAUGCCAAAGCUGGUCUAUGGCAAAUGUAAUUAAAAAAAAUAUAAAAUAACUAUUAUUGAAUAAAAUACAAAAUAAAAAACAAUUUGAAUUUCAGCACAAAAAGUUGCAAUAAUAAUACAGUUUUAAGCAAAUGUAUUGGCGGUAAUUAAAGAAAAUUCAAUCAAACCUGCCAAUUCAUAAACACCAAUUAUGUAAUAUUGUCUGAGACAAUGGACCUAACUAGCCAGCUAACAUAUUAUCGCCGGUAGAUAGAUUGUUUUCUUUUUGUUAGCAGCUGCAAUAUACAGUGUUAUUAAUUUUCAAGCAAAGUUUGUUGUGCUUAAACUUAUAUUAUUGUCCUUGCCAAUAAGUCAAUGCUUUGCCUUGCUUUAUAAAACUGACCAAGUUUAGCCAUCAUCCUGUGACCAACUUUUAAUACAUUGUAGAAAAUACACAGACAGAUCGGAUUAAUGGCUUUUUGUAAAUAUGCUUUGAGGUUGUUAAUGGUCAGGAUUCAUUCAUUCAGACGGAUGAACAGGUACGAUUUAAACUAGGACAUUCUGUGCAAUCCUACAAUCAUAUUUUGGGAGAUAUUAGACACUAAGUGGCAUCCUAUACAGGCCAAGCGCAGUGCCUUCAGGUUUUAUAUACCAUAAUAAAAGUAGCAUGCUAAAGCAGUUAAGAUGGUUUUGAUAUUAACAGUUUUUGUAUUAACAAUAUUGUGUUGAUUGUUAAAUUACACGACAGCUGCAAUAAAGUUUACUAUAGUGUGCAUUCAGUAAUUUUACUGAAUGUACUGACUGAUUGUAACAGCCAGCUCUGAAUAUUUGGUAAAUACAGGCAUUUAAAUUAAAUAUGGUAAAAUAUUUAAGACUGUAUUUGAAGAAAAAAAAAGAAUGUUACUACCAUAUUGUUUUCAGACCAGUCAAAUAAAAAUUAAAAUCAUAAUAA